AUGCUAGAAGUAUGCCAAAAGUAUGACCAAAAAGGCCUCCAAAGUAACGCACAAGUACUCAACGUAGUAUUACCCCUAUCACAGAUGCUGAAAGGGAAACGGGAAAGCCAACCAGUCUGCAGAACAUUUGACGCAAUGGAUGAUACCGGACACCGAAAUACGGUAGCCAUUGGACAACAAAGAAAAGAUAUUGAUACUGCAUCAACUUCACCCGAGUCCAAUUCUGUGAUGACCGAAUAUAGAAACGGUUUUACCUGGAAAAACAACCCAUAUACCACUGAUUUCAAAGACAUCAAAUCACCUCAAACACAAAACGACAUGGAAAGGGGGUCAUGGGACACUGACACUUACGCAAGUGCGUUGUUGGAUGGAAACGCAAGCAUAUGUAGAAGCUGCAAUUCCGAAGAAACGCCUAGCAGUAUGUCACAGAGAAUGGCAGAUCUAGCAUACCUAAAAAGCGAUGCUAUAAAAUUAGCUAUGGUAGGAAAAAGCUUAGAAGCACCAGAAUAUAGACGGGAUAUACAUGAUAAAUCUUAUGCCAAGACGAAACGUGCAAGCUCAUUUAGUGGAGCGGCGUCAUACGGUGGAGAUCCAACGGAUUACUCUACACAACGACAAUAUAACUCUGAAGAAACAGAUACGACACAUAGCGAGGUUGUACCCGAUAGUGGCGAACUAGUGGCGAAUUUCAUGACCGAUUUACGCAAGAAACGGAGUGCAAACACAAAAUAUCCAACGGAUACCCUAUCUUUUGUAAAUAACAAAUAUACAUAUGAUAGAGGACCGUUGGGAUUCCCGAAUGUUGUCAGGGAUGCACAUUUGAACGAAAUGAUAAAAAACGAUGCAACCACCGUGCCAUUCACGGUGUUCUCAGCAUACACUCCAUCGCAUAAUGAGGAGAACGCCAUCACAGUGCAACCUGCGGACAAAGUCUGUAUGCUAGCUAGACAUAAUCAGUGGAUAUAUGUCAGUAUAGCAGAGUCUGAGGACGUAGAGUCUAUAGGAACCACAGGGUGGAUACCGGAAGACACAAUAAUAGAACCUGAACUUUUUGCUCGUAGUUUACAACACGAUGCAAACCGUACACACACAUUUAAUAAAUUUGUAUAG